UAACCAAUCGUGCCACUGAUCGCGCUAGUGUAUGGUCGGUCCUAAAUGUCAGCGGUCAAACCGAUCACCAUUCAGUCCUACGGAUCAAAUUUUCAACAUUUUGUGCAAUAACACCAUUGCAGCCAUUGCAGGCACCAGCAUUUCAUCCCCUUCGGUAUUCAGACGAAUUCCACGCAGAUCUCACCAUGUACAGUCCAAAACAACCCACUUCAAAAUCCCUCCUUUUACUCACACUUAUUAUCCUACUCACAUUCUUGGUCACCACUUCACUCUCGUCUGACCCCACCACACUCGAUGACGACAGAGAUGAUGACGUGGAAGACCUUGAAGAACUGAUAGCCCUAGAUGAGGAAUCAGAAGAAGGAAAGCCCUCUUCUGGGGCUGAGAUUCUUAGCAGAGCUCAGAGAAUAGUGAUUGAGCUUAACAAUGAUAACUCAAAGAGUGCGAUUGGGGAGAAUGAGUUUGUUCUGGUCAUGGGUUAUGCCCCAUGGUCCCAGACAAGUGCGGAGCUUAUGCCUAAAUUUGCGGAGGCCGCAAAUGCCCUUAAGGAAUGGGGAAGUCCCAUAGUGAUGGCCAAGAUUGAUGCUGAGAGGUACCCUAAGGUUGCUUCCAAUCUAGGGAUCAAAGGGUUCCCAACAUUGCUUCUUUUUGUCAAUGGCUCUUCUCAACCUUACACUGGUGGAUUUUCUGUGGAAGAAAUUGUGGUUUGGGCAAAGAAGAAGACAGGUGAACCUGUGUUUAGGAUUAAUUCCAUUAAUGAGGUUGAUGGGGUUCUGAAGAAGCAUUCUAUGUUUGUAGUUGGGCUAUUUGAGAAUUUUGAGGGACCUGAUUAUAAAGAGUACAUAAAAGCUGCAGAACAAGACAAUGAGAUCCAAUUUGUUGAAACUAGCAGUUUAGAGAUUCUCAAGGCUUUGUUUCCUGAUGUCAAGCCCACUAAACAUUUUGUAGGUUUAGUCAAAAGUGAACCUGAAAAGUACACUUCAUUUGAAGGAGCCUUGAAAGCUGAUGAAAUCCUACAGUUCCUAGAAGAUAACAAGUUCCCCCUAGUCAGUGUGAUAACUGAACUUAAUUCUGCAAAAGUUUUCUCCAGCUCUAGAAAACUCCAGGUAUAUGUCUUUUCUGUUCCAGCUGAAUUCGAGAAACUCCUUCAACCGUUGCAAGAUGUUGGAAGGAAGUUCAAAUCUAAGAUCAUGCUGAUAUAUGCCGAUAUAAGAGAGGACAACCUUGUGAAGCCUUUUGUGACUAUGUUUGGACUAGAAGAACCCGAGGGCACUGUGGUAAUUGCUUUUGAUUACACCAUCAGCUCCAAGUACUUGUUGGAGGUCACUGCCACGCCAAGAAGCAUUGAAGACUUCUGCUUUGGAAUUCUGGAUGGGACUGUAUUGCCAUACUACAAAUCGCAGCCAGUGCCCAACAAUAAAGACACAAACAUUCUGGUUGUGGUUGGGAAGACAUUUGAUGACAUGAUCUUUAACAUUCAGAAAAACAUUCUUUUAGAGGUACACACACCAUGGUGCGUCUCCUGUGAUAAGACAAGCAAACAAAUGGAGAAGUUGGCCAAGCAUUUCAAGGGUUUAGAAAAUUUGAUGUUUGCAAGGAUAGAUGCUUCCGUUAAUGAACACCCCAAACUGCAGGUUGAUGACUAUCCAACAUUACUAUUCUACCCAACAACAGACAAAUCCAACCCUAUAAAACUGCCUACAAAGUCAAGCUUAAAAGACUUGGCGACACUGAUCAACAAGAUGCUGAAAGAGCAUGGAACCAAAACCAAAGAUGAGCUCUAGGACACUUUCAAAACAACCACAUCAAGGCAGAUGGCCGAAGAAGGCGUAAACAUUGAAAAGAGUAACAAAAAUGUCC